GCAGUCGUGGUCGAAACUGAUGGACAGCAGGCAUGGGCCAACCAGCAUCAGUUACAAUGAAGCCACGGGUUUGAUACAAGCAUCUGACGACUGGUGGGCGCAUUACGAAAAGGUUGACAAGAAUGCAAUCAAGUUCAAAACAAAACCGUUGGAGCACAUGGACCUCAUGCGAAGGGUGUACGAAGGCGCUACGGUAACCGAAAAAUAUGCAUGGACACCAGGUGCAGCGUUCGAACCUGUGGCACCCGAUGAUGGUACUUCGCCAGCGCCUGAAGAAGACUGCGAGGACAGCAGCGGGCUGCCCCCUUUCCAGCCUGCCGCGCAGCAUGAACACACUGUGCACCACACUGUUGCGCAAGAGGAUGGCACGCCGGCAACCGUGCACGCUGCGUCGUCGAGAAUUAACGCUGACGACACACCAACUAGUGGUAUGAACAAAUGCAAAUCACCAGGCCCAACACACCCGCAGCGGAAAAAAGGGUAG